CGGUCUGUCGCUCGGCCUCUCGGGCCACAUUCACGGCCUUGCCGACCUUGGCGAGCUGGCGACAAGUGUCAAAAACACGACACACAAUGAUCUUGAUGCGAUUGUGCUUCUCGGCCGUGCGCGGCUUGACCUUGGUUUGGACGGCGCCCUGGAGGUAUAGACCCACGAGGAAGCCGACGGUGCAAGUCCAGGAGCUGGCCCACAUGAGUCUCUCGGCGCCGUUGGAGCCCGUGGGAAAGGCCCCGCCUCGGGUCGGAUGGCGGAUGAGGUACUCAAACUUCCAGGGCGCAACUCGCAGGGUCUCGAUCGAAGCUGGUGCCGCCGGGCCCGAUGUAAAUCCCUGGUCGGACGUGGGGGCCAGACACUUGGGUCCGCACGUUUUGAUGUCGAGGUAGUGCCACAGC